AUGGCAAAAGAAACAGAGAGCAGAUCCAAUUUAGUUAAUUAAUAAUCACUUCCUUCCCACGUUCGCGUUAAUACCCACGUUAGCGAGUGUAUGUUAAUUUUGAAGCUGUAUGUGGUGAAAUAAUCCUGGACGAGAGCGAUUUAGUUGUACAACUGCAGGUAUUAUUAUUAUCGCGCAUAUAUUAAUUUACGAGUUGGCCACGUCUACGAAUAGAAGGCAUUGCAGGGAAGGGCAUGAGAACAGAGAGAGAUCAGAGGAUCAGAAAAUUAAUAGGAAUUAUCUGUUCAUUCUGCUGUGAUCUUUGUGCAGAAUUGUCAAAAGAGGGAACGGUUAAAACUGACGAAAAGAAUUGGAACAGGGGUAACAGAAAUAUAUCAGAAUUUCUUUUAUCUUCUCGAAUGAGACAAGACGAGACAAGGUUCUACUAUCUUUUAUAUCUUAUCAUAUAUAUCAGACUUGUCCGCAAGAAGCAACCAUCCCGGACAACUUACCAAGAAUUUCACGGCGAACAUUUUUACUUGUUGUUGAGGUCUCGGAAGUGGAUCGAGUAGAUCGCAAUGUACAACUGUACUGUCAUUCAGUUUCGUCCAGUGAUAUACCCCCACUGUUGCGGGGCAUGUCCGCAACACUGGUUCACGACACGAUGAGGCUUCUGCAUACCGAAUUACCUUUGCUCGUUUUAGGCCACGCCUGCGAAUACACAGUAACUAUCUCUAUGGUCAAAUCUAGCCUUCGUUUUUUUCUUUCUCUCUAAUUUUUUUGACCUUGACUCACGUUGAGAUUGUCACGAUGGCCACCGGUGACUGGCGUUUCUAUUUCUACAAAUCAUCUUUUAGAGUCGUUGAGGCGAAGCUUAGCCGACAAAGAGUUACGAGGCAAUAUAAUUUUAUUGCAACGUGUAAAAUAAUAUUUGAUAAAAAUUGGAAAUAUGGUCGGCAUAUACAAAAUUUCGUGUGACAAUUAACAUGUGUUAAACUCGUGGUUCCUGGUCACACGGGUUCGUACGGUGUCGUUCACCGCGGAUACGCGUUACCUUCGAACGUCCUUUGUCUGUAACAUUUUUCUUUGGCCACCGUCGCACGCGAUCUGACAGCAAUAUAUUAUACUAUCGAACAGGAUGUGCGCGCAGUCGUAUAUUAUAGAUCAUCGGAAGAAACGAACGUGAAACAGAGUGAAAAAUGUUAGAAAUUCAGUUCUCAUAGAGAGAGAGAGAGAGAGAGAGAGAGAUUGCAGACCAACGAAAUCUUUCAUUUCACUCAUUAUAGUUUAGACUCUGUAUUCUCGCAGCUGUGUCUACGAAUUUAUUUUGAACUUGUUCUUUCUAGUUUCCACAAAACGCGAAAAAUGAUCGCGAGGAGACUCGACGUUCAAUUCAAAUUUUCGCAAAUUCAAGCCAAUAUAAUCAAAAAUUGCCAUCUUGA